CCCGAGAUGAUCGCCUAGGGUUUUUCCUAGAGGCAACUCUUCUUACGAGUCGCAACACUCCUUUAUACAAACCGGCUACCAAUUUGUAAAGUAUAAAUACGUUGAACCAGGGCCAGUUCUGACAAUUUAUAGGCUCGGGACAAAAGAUAAAACAUAGGCCCCUAAUUAGAUACUACGUAUGUCGUAAGAAUGCAUUUCAAAAGUUUAAUUGUCAAACAUAAAAUUCAUUACACAAGUAAAUGUUUUUGUCCAUAGAACUAUAUGUAUCAUAAGCCAUACAAAACAAUUUUUAGGCAUUCUUAGAAACAAUUUUUAGGCAUUCUUAGAAACAGUUUUUGAAUUGCCCAGUUGUGAAGAACAUAUGGCAGGGGAUGGGGCUGCCGUUAGUGACAGAGGGGGAGGGGCUAAUGGUUUGGCUCCAGAAAGCUUUUACCUCAGUGGCAGUAGAAGAUAUUUGCAGGCUAAUUAUGGCUCUUUGGGCUAUUUGGAAGGGCAGAAAUGAGAUAGUAUGGAAGGAAGGCUUUUUUUGCUUGGCAAGUGUGAAACGUGUUGCUGCUACCACAUUAGAGAGCUGGAGGAAAGCCCAGGAGGCUAGCAGCAGACUGAGGUGUAAUACCUCACCUCAAGGAGUACACCGUUGGCAGAAACCGGAGAUGGAUUGGAUAAAAAUCAAUGUAGAUGCGGCUAGUAAUGUUAGAAGCGGAAAGUGGGCAUGGGCAUGUGUUGGAAGAGAUAGCAAUGGUAACUUUCUGGGAGCUAUUAGUCGAGUUGUAAAAGCCAUUUGGUCACCGGUAGAGGCAGAGGCAAUCGGCGUCAAAGAAGCUAUUAUUUGGGCAAUUAAAAUGGGUUGGCAAAAGGUGGUGAUCGAAUCGGAUGCCGAGUUGGUGGUAGCAGGUGUUCAAGGGGAGGAAUGUGCUUCUGCCGUUGGAGUUAUCUUCG